UUAAUGCAAGGGCCCAUCUUGGGUGGAAGCAGCGUGAAGCCCCCGAUAAAGCCUGGUGUGACUGUCCCAAAACAGCAGCUGGGCGAUCUUCACGAAGAGGCUGAGUCGUCUCAGCCUCCGGCACAGGAAUUAUGCCACAAACAGACAAACAAGUAUGCAUCCCUCCGGAGCUUCCAGAUUUGUUGAAGCAGUUUACAAAAGCUGCCAUUCGGACACAGCCUCCAGAUCUGAUCCAAUGGUCUUCUGACUAUUUUAAUGCUAUGGCCCGUGGAGAGAAUCCUCCAGUAAGAGAACGACCAGAUAGAGUCCCUUUAUCAAACUGUGCAGAGCUUACACCAGAGCUCUUGAAGGUCUUACACCAGAGAGUGGGCGGGAGGCUGAUAAUCCACGUAGAUGAGCUAGCCCAGAUGUGGAAGGUGCUCAAUCUUCCUACAGACCUAUUUGACAGUAUUAUGAACGUUGGACACUUUACUGAAGAAAUUGAAUGGCUCAAGUUUUUAGCUCUGGCCUGCAGCUCUCUUGGAGUUACUAUUGCAAAAACUCUGAAGAUAAUAUGUGAGGUUUUAUCCAAUGAGAAUGACAGUGGACCCGCCCGUAUCCCCUUCAGCACUUUCCAGUUUCUCUACACUUACAUCGCUGAAGUAGAUGGGGAGAUUUCAGCAUCUCAUGUUAGUCGAAUGCUGAAUUAUAUUGAGCAGGAGAUCAUUGGGCCAGACGGCUUGAUCAAGGUGAAUGAUUUUACCCAGAAUCCGCGGGUCAGGUUGGAGUAGUUCUCAGUACAUCAUACACUGCUAUGUUGAUAGGAAGAAGACGAAACAGAGGACAGAAUAAGAAUUACAAAUAGGCCAACCUCUCGGUCUCUUUUUUCCCUUUGUGUCCGUUAAUAAACAGUUUGGCAAAGCAACAAAUAAGAAAGAUGGAAACAUAGAUUGAGAAGGUGCCACUGGAGUAGAAUACAGUCUACUGUUAAACUUUCUGGUGCUAUGAUAUACACACGUCCACCCAAAUAAAUAUCAUAGACUACCAAAUAGUAUAAACCUAUUAUAUUAAAUAUAUAUUGAGGUCCACCCUUCUCCCCUCUUUUUGCAUUUCAAAAUAUCCGGCACUGCCAUGUGAAACUGGAGGGAAUUUCAGAUGCCUUCAUCUGCAGAGGAAAACUUCAGAAUUGUUUCCAUUAUUUCCCUGGGAACAAAAAGCAGGCCUUCAAGUUUGCUUUCCAUUAGUGAUUGUUCAGUUGUGCAUUUAUUCAGGUAUAGUGCACCCCUCAUAUUUCAAAUGAACUAGUCUGGGGUUCACUUUCUGUGGUAUGAUUGAUAAAUUAUAAUUGAUAAAUUAUACAAGCAGACAAAAGUGUGAGUGUUGAAAAAGUGAAAUAAGGUACCCCAGUCUCAAUACAGCUAACAGAGUGACUCUAGAAACACAUUGUAAUAUUUGACUCUCUGGCUCUACAAGCAGAUUUAUAAAAGAUGUUUAAC